CUUAAACUCUUAUCUUCCACCACCACGACAAUACCGACUCCGGCGCUCCUGGUCAUUUAUUCAUUCUCCCUAAGAAAUGAUAGGUUCAUGCUGCUCUUCAAACGCGACCAGUUUGCAGAUAUCAGUCCUAUGUCGCGCCUUGGAUAGCCUGAUUAUAGCUGAUUUUCCUUGGGUGCCUUUCUUUUCUCGGCACACAUCUUCUCUAUCCUGGUCCAUGUCAACACUGACUCUGACGGGGUUUCCUUUGGAUACUCGAAUGGAAUAUGACUAAGUUCCCUCCAUGGAUUACGAUAUCAAGGCGGCAGUGAAGGAGGACCACGCCAACAGCAACAUAUCCCUCAAACUUGUCUGGGUCAUCACUGGAACUGGCCGGUAUCGGACGAGGCCUUGCUCUUGCAGCCCUUGUGCAAGGAAAAAAGGUCAUCGCAACAGCUUAAGCUUAAUCUAUCUAUCUAUCAGUUACUUAGUUAAUCUCAAAGAUAAGGGUCCAGAGAUGCUUGGACUGGACAGUGGGGUUAAUGUGCUGGUGAACAAUGCGGGACACAUCUUGGCUGGACAUUGGAGGAGAACACACCUUCGUUCAGUUCAAGUAAGCAGUCUGCAUCUCGGUGUGGCUCUUACAAGCUUCUUUGGUGCUCCAAAUGUCGCCCGUGUAUUCCUACCUCACGUGCCCGAUGAACUGGUCCAAUUGUGUGCGUGGGCACUCCAAAGAGGGGUAUGCAAGGCAUGCUGGAUGUUGUUUGCGGAAAGGGUGUUGCAAAGAAAAGAGUUUCCCAGGUUGCUCAGUUCAGACUGCUUCGGAGCUGUGCAGAUGCAGUUGGAGGAUCAUCUGAAGCUUCAGUUUGAGUGGGACACCGUUUCGGAGAGCACCGAUUGUUCAUAAUGAACAGCAACAUGGAGAAAGGCAAACCUUUAGUCAAGCCGUCCACAUAAUACGGCAAUCGGCAGUAGAUGCAAGAUAAUGAAUUCCUCGUGACGAUCAUGACGAUUGUAUAUGAUAAAUGUGCGUAAAGAGGUAACCAGACCAGAGCUAGUCCUUAUACAAGUAAUUGUUUACAGUCCAG